AUGAUCUACGAGGAGCUGUUGCAGCGGGCACUCAGUGUGUGCCCAGUGACUCCAGAGCAGUGCCCGGUUCUGGGUGACCUGCGUCCAAGUCCCACCAGGCUGCGGAGGGCCUUGAGCGCGUGUGCAGGCCGCUGCAGCGCUCUUGCCAGCGGACCCGAAGGGUUCGGGGCCGACGAGGCGCGGCAAGGGCUCUCUGCGCAGGAGAACAGGAGAGGCUGCAAGGGGGAAAGGGCCGGACCCCCCGAGCAGGGGCUGAGAGGGCGGCUGCGUUGCCUCCGCAGGCGCUGGUGCGAGCGGACCGUGCAGGUGACGCGGGCGGAGGUGGUGACCCCGCGGCAGGAGGAGGCUGUGCCCUGCUCCCACCUCUACCAGUACAGCAUGGCGGGCUGGCUGCUCGACCCGGACAGGACGCGCCGGGCCUCCGGCCAGGCGGAGCAGCUGUGCUUCAUCUACAAGCCCGGAGGCACCAGGCCCGUGGUGUGGAACCGCACCGAGCGCGCGUGCUGCGAGGGCUGGAGCGGGCCCCACUGCUCGGAAGGGCCACCGCUGGGCCGCUGCUUCUCCAGCCAGCACUGCGAGGACCUGCCCGGCCUGCGGAACCUGUCGCUGCUUGGCAUGGAGGAAUGCUGCGGCCGCCCGGGGGGGCACAGCUGGCAGAAUGCGUCCUCCCGGCUCUGCUUCAGCUGCGCCUCCCGGCUCCUGAGAGAUGACCUGCCCGCGCCCUUCCUGCUCCGGGCGCCCGCGCCCACGGCGCUGCUCCUCCGCGCCGCGCCACGCCCGCGCCCCUUCGCCACCUGCGCGGCCUGGGCCGCCUUCCACUACCGCACCUUCGACGGCCGGCACUUCCGCUUCCACGGGCGCUGCGCCUACGUCCUGGCCGCCGCCGCGGACGGCACCUGGGCCGUGCACCUCUCCCCGGACGGCCCGCGCUGCGAGCCCGGCCACUGCCCGCGGGCGCUGCGCAUGCUGCUCGGCCUCGACCUGGUCACGGCGCGGGGGCGCAACGUCUCCGUGAACGGCGCGGCGCGGGGCGGGGGCAUCACGGGGAGACUCCUUCGGGGGCCCGUGUGCGGCUGCGGGGCGGGGGCGCCGCUGGGGCGCUCGCGUGGGGAGGGGGCCCGGGCCCCCCGGCCGCCGCCCGCUCACGCCCCCGCCCCCGCCCCCCGCCCCGCAGGGAUCGGCGUGCGCUGGCUGGGCGACUUCGUCCUCGUGGAGAGCGGCCUGGGCGUGCGGGUCAAGUUCGACGGGCGCAGCACCGUCCACGUCACGGUCGCGGCGGAGCUGCGGGGCGCCACGCGCGGGCUGUGCGGCGUCUACAACGGCGACGCGGCCGACGACUUCCUCCGCGCGGGAGGGGACAUGGCCGUGCUGGCGGCCAGCUUUGGCAACUCGUGGCGCAUCCCCGGCGCCGGCUCGGGCCCUUGCCAGGACGCCGCCGAGGAGGGGCGCAGCUGCGACGCCACGGGGGGCCAGCGGGAGGCGGAUUCCGUGUGCCGCGCACUGCUGUCGGAGCCCUUUGGCCGAUGCCACGCCGAGGUGGACCCCAGCGGCUUCUACGACGCCUGCCUGGAGGUGCACUGCAGUGGGGCCGGGGAGGGGGCCGUCUGCGAGACCCUGGCCGGCUACGCGCGCGAGUGCGCUCAGCUGGGCGUCUUCGUCAGCUGGCGGCGCCCUGGAUUCUGCGAAAAGUCCUGCGUGCACGGGAAGCGGUAUUCGGACUGCGUGUCCUCCUGCCCGGCCAGCUGCGCAGCGGUGGGCGCCGCGGAGGAGGGCCACUGCCGGGGCGAGUGCGUGAGCGGCUGCGAGUGCCCCCCGGGCCUCUACCUGGAGGGGGGCGAGUGCGUGCCGGAGAGCCAGUGCCCCUGCUUCCACCGGCGCCAGAAAUACCCCCCGGGAGAGACCCUCCAGCAGCGCUGCAAUCGGUGCACGUGUGGCGGAGGCCGCUGGAGCUGCACCCGGGACCAGUGCGCCGCGGAGUGCGCCGUGCUGGGCGACCUACACUACCUGACCUUUGACGGCAGGCGCUACUCCUUCCAAGGCACCUGCCAGUACAUCCUGGUGCAGGAUUUCAUGGACGGGAAGCUCCAGGUAGUUGCCGAGCACAAAGAGGCGUGUGGGAGCCGGGGCGGCAGCAGCUGCCUCCACGCCGUGGCCGUCACCGUGCAGGAGGUCUCGGCCCGGCUGUCCCGGGCAGGGGAGGUCUCUGUCAACGGCCAGGAGGUGGACCUCCCGUUCGCCAGCGCCGGCCUGUCCGUGCGGCGCGCCUCUGCGUCCUUCCUGCUCCUCCAGGCCUUUGGGGCCCACGUGCUGUGGGGCCUGGAGUUCCCUGCCGUCUACAUCACUCUGCAGCCCCGCUUUGCCCACAAGGUGCGGGGCCUCUGCGGCACCUACAACUGGAACCAGCAGGACGACUUCACCACCCCGGAGGGGGACGUGGAGGCCAGUGUGGCCGCCUUCGCCGGCAAGUUCCGCGCCUCCCCUGACUGCCCCCCCCCCGGGGGGCUCGCCUUCGACACCUGCAGCACCUUCGCCCAGCAGAGGCCGCUCGCCCAGGCGGCCUGCGCCGUCCUGCAUGGCCCCUCCUUCCAGCCCUGCCACGACCUUGUGGACCGAGAGCCCUUCCACCAGCUCUGCCUGGAGGACGUGUGCGGAUGCGCCGCCGGCAAGGUGUGCCUGUGCGGCGCCGUGGCUGCCUAUGCCCGGCAGUGCGCGCAGGAGGGCGCCCCGGCAGCCUGGAGGAACCAGAGCGUCUGCCCGGUGCUCUGCUCGGGGGGGCAGGUCUACCGGGAGUGCGCCUCCCCCUGCCGCACGACCUGUGCCGAUCUCCGCGUGGAGGUGCUGGGCGCCUGCCAGGACCUGGACCGCGCCUGCGUGGCCGGGUGCAACUGCCCGGAGGGCCUGGUGCUGGACGACGACGGGCAGUGCGUGCGGCCGGCGCUGUGCCCCUGUGUGUACCGGGACGAGGCGCAUCCCGUGGGCACGGAGAUCCGGAAGGGCUGCAACACCUGCAUCUGCACCGGCGGGGCCUGGAGCUGCUCGGAGGAGACCUGCCCCCCGGCAGCCCUGUGCCCCGGGGACCUCGUCUACGCCGUCGGCUCCUGCCUGCGGACCUGCGAGAGCCCAGCGGGAAACGCCUCCUGCCCCGGCCCCGCGGACGGCUGCGUGUGCCCCCCGGGCACCCUCUUCCUGAACGAGCGCUGCGUCCCGCCGGAGCAGUGUCCCUGCCACCACAACGGGCAGCUGCACCAGCCCAACGCCACCAUCAGCAAGGACUGCAACACCUGCGUUUGCCGGAACCGGCGCUGGGAGUGCGGCCGCCAGCGCUGCGCGGGGACCUGCGUGGCCACGGGGGACCCGCACUACAUCACCUUCGACGGGCGGCCCUACACCUUCCUGGGGGACUGCGAGUACGUGCUGGCCCGCGAGAGCAGCGGCGCCUUCACCGUCACGGUCGAGAACGUGCCCUGCGGCUCCAGCGGCAGCACCUGCACCAAGUCGGUCGUGGUGCUGGUGGGCAGCACCGUGGUCCACCUGCUGCGAGGGAAGGAUGUGACAGUGAACGGGGCCUCGGUGCGCCCCCCCAAGACGUACAGCGGGAACGGCCUGACCCUGGAGAGAGCCGGGCUCUUCCUCGCCCUCGUCUCGCAGCUGGGACUGACGGUGCUCUGGGACGGAGGCACGCGGGUCUAUGUCAGGCUGGACCCCGUGUUCCGGGGCCGCGUGUCCGGGCUGUGCGGGAACUUUGACGGGGACACGGAGAACGACUUCGCCAGCCAGCAGGGCAUCGUGGAGCCCACGGCCGAGCUCUUCGGCGACUCCUGGCGGGUCAGCCCACUGUGCCCCGAGGUCAGCGGCGAGGACGCGGAGCACCCCUGCACGGUGAACUCGCACCGUGUGACGUGGGCCCGGAAGCGCUGCGGGGUCCUGCUGAAGGAGCUCUUCGCCCCCUGCCACGUGGAGCUGGCCUGCCAGCAGUUCUACGACUGGUGUGUCUUCGACGCCUGUGGGUGCGACUCGGGAGGAGACUGCGAGUGCCUCUGCACGGCCAUCGCCGCCUACGCGGAGGAGUGCAGCCAGCGGGGGGUGUCCGUGCGCUGGAGGAGCCAGGAUCUGUGCCCCAUGCAGUGCGACCACGGGCUGGAGUACGACCCCUGCGGGCCGGCCUGCCCCCCGACCUGCGCGAACCUGGGCCUGGCGCCAGCCGAGCACUGCCAGAGCCUCCCCUGCGUGGAGGGCUGCUUCUGCCCGGGGGGGCGAGUGCUGCAUGGGGGCCGCUGCAUUGACCCCUCCAAGUGCCCCUGCGUCUGGGAGGGCACCGUGUUCCCGCUGGGCGCUGUGCUGGUGCAGGAGUGCCGGAACUGCUCCUGCGAGGCGGGCCGCUGGCAAUGCACCGUCCCACCGGAGCCGUGCGCGCCCCCGUCCCGCUGCGCCGAGGGGCAGUUCGCCUGCCACACGGGCGGGCGCUGCGUCCCCGGGGCCUGGGUGUGCGACAACGAGGACGACUGCGGGGACGGCUCGGACGAGGCCUGCGCCCUCGGCUGCGCCCCCCACCAGUACCGGUGCGCCAGCGGGCAGUGCGUGCCGUGGGGGCAGCGCUGCGACGGCGCCGCCGACUGCCUGGACCGCUCCGACGAGGCGGACUGCCCUGCGCCCGCCUGCGCCGCCCGCGAGUUCCGCUGCGCCAACGGCCGCUGCAUCCCGCGCCAGCGCGUCUGCGACGGGGAGCUGGACUGCGGCUUCGCCGACCGCUCGGACGAGGCCGGCUGCGGGCCGCCCUGCGGGCCGAGCGAGUUCCAGUGCGCGGCCGGCCACUGCCUGCCUUACCUGCUCCGCUGCGACGGACGCGACGACUGCGGGGACUCCGGCGACGAGCUGCAGUGCGUGUGCCCCGGCGGGGAGUUCCAGUGCCCCGGCGGCCGGUGCCUCUCCAGAGCGCUGCUCUGCGACGGCAAGCGGGACUGCCCCACGGGGGCGGAUGAGGCCUUCUGCCCAGGCCGCGUGACCUGUGCCCCGGGGCAGCUGCCCUGUCCGGACGGCACCUGCGUGAGCCGCACACGCGUGUGCGAUGGCGUGCCGGACUGUGCCAACGGUGCCGACGAGGACCCGGCUCAUUGCCUGCGGGCGCAGACCACUCCCUUGCCGGCCACCCUGCGCCCGCAGCCCCCCACGACCCCUCGGCUACCGGCCAACAGGACGCUGGCCCCCCCCUGCGGGCGCUACGAGUUCCACUGCCGCAGCGGGGAGUGCCAGCCGCGGGGCUGGGUGUGCGACGACGAGGCCGACUGCCUGGACGGCAGCGACGAGCUGCACUGCAACCGGACGUGCGGCCUGGACCAGUUCCCGUGCGCCCGCGGGGGCGAGUGCGUCCACUACAGCCGCCUGUGCGACGGCGCCCCCCACUGCCAGGACCAGUCGGACGAGAGCGUGGACACCUGCGGCUCCACGCAGAUCCCGCCCUGCCCGGGCCACUUCAGCUGCAGCGACCGCGUGUGCAUCAGCGUCUCGCGCGUGUGCGACGGCUCCCCGGACUGCCCCCAGGGGGAGGACGAGCUGGCCUGCGGAAGCGUUGUGGUUCCUCCCGGCAUCCGGAACGAGACCGCGGGACUGUGCACGGAGUACUCCUGUGCGGACGGCAGCUGCAUCACCUUCAGACAGGUGUGCAACGGCCUGGCCGACUGCCCGGACGGCACCGCGGCCUCGGGCUGGCUGCCCUCGGACGAGCGCGACUGCGGCCUGUGGAGCCCCUGGGCGCCCUGGAGCCGCUGCAGCCGCUCGUGCGGGACGGGCCUGCAGGUCCGGCGGAGGAGCUGCACCCGGCGUGCCGACGACGUGCUGCGCCACUGCCUGGGCGAGGAGACGCAGGCGCAGCAGUGCUUCCUGGUGGCCUGCCCAGUGGAUGGCGAGUGGACGGAAUGGGCCACGUGGUCGAACUGCACGCGGGACUGCCACGGGGUGGUGGUGCGCCGCCGGGAGUGCCGGCCCUCCCAGAACGGGGGGCGCCCCUGCACCGAGGCCGGCGAGGCCUCCGCCAGCGCCAUGGAGAUCCAGGCGUGUCAGCAGGAGGAGUGCGCCAACGCCUCCCGCUGCCCCGGGGAGCUGGUGAGCCGGAGGUGCGCGCCCUGCCCCGCGUCCUGCGCCGAACUCUCCAGCCGCACGAGGUGCAGGAGGGACCGGCCCUGCAGACCCGGCUGCUGGUGCCCUGAGGGGCUGGUCCUGGACGGUGGGCAGCGGUGCGUGCGCCCCCGCGAGUGCCCCUGCCAGGUGGAGGGCGCCCGCUACUGGCCGGGCCAGCUGGUGAAGGUCGCCUGCCGCAUCUGCACCUGCCAGGACGGGCAGCUGAAGCGCUGCCGGCAGAACCCGGAGUGCACAGUGAACUGCGGCUGGUCGGCCUGGUCUCCCUGGGGGGACUGCCUGGGGCCCUGCGGGGUGCAGAGCAUCCAGUGGUCCUUCCGCAGCCCCAACAACCCCAGCAUGCACGGGAACGGGCGCCAGUGCCGCGGCAUCUACCGCAAGGCCCGCAGGUGCCAGACGGAGCCGUGCGAGGAGUGCGAGCAGCACGGCCGGGCCCACGCCAUGGGCGACCGCUGGCGCUCAGGGCAGUGCCAGGUGUGCCAGUGCCUGCCCAACCUGGCGGUCCAGUGCUCCCAGUACUGCCCCUACAGCACGGUGCCCUGCCCCGAGGGCCGCAUCCUGGUGGAGGGCCGAGGGGAGUCCUGCUGCUACUGCGCGGAGGCCGGUGAGAACCGGACGGCAGCGCCCACCGUGCCGCCCGCCAGCCCCCCGGGACCCUCCGCGGCCGGCCCGGCAGCCUCCAGCACAGCAUCGCCGCUCAGCACCUUCCCGCUGCCCCCCCUCGGGGACCCCUGCUACGGCCCCCUGGGCAUCGCCGCGCUCCCGGACGCCAGCUUCAGCGCCUCCGCCCAGCAGCCGGAGAACCCGGCACACGCCGCUCGCCUUGGCCGCCUCCUGCCCGGCGCGGACCUGCAGGGCUGGGCCCCCCCAGCUGAAGUGUACCCCGAGCUGCUCUCCCGGCCCCCCUUCCUGCAAGUGGACCUGGGAGAGCCCAGGAACCUGACAGGGGUGGUGGUGCAGGGGGCCGGCUCCUCCGACGCCUACGUGAGCAGCUUCCUCCUGCGCUUCAGCCUGGACGGCGUGGCGUGGCUUGACUACCGAGAGCUCUUCCAGGGGAACUCCGACGACUCGGCCCCCGCGAUCCGGACAUUCCAGCACAUGGUCCGAGCCCGGCACGUCCGUGUCCUGCCCCGCGACUUCCACAACGGGAUCUUCCUGCGCGUGGAAAUGCUGGGGUGCGGGAAAGGCCAACCGCCCCCCCCGGGCUGGAGGCCGUGCCGGGCCGGCGAGUUCCAGUGCCGCAACGGGCGCUGCGUCCCGGCCGGGCCCAGCGGCGCCGUCUGCAAUGGGUUGGAUGACUGCGGGGACUUCUCGGACGAGCUGCGCUGCGGCGUCGCCCCCUCCCUGGAGCCCUCGGCGCGCCUGGUGUGCCCGCCCGGCCAGUUCCGCUGCGCCUGGUCCGGCGUCUGCCUCGAGGCGUCGCAGCGAUGCGAUGGGGUGCCCGACUGCGCCGACGCCACCGAUGAGGCCGGCUGCCCGCCUGCGAGCCGGGUGCCCCCCACCAGCACGCUCACGGACAUGGGAGACGCAUCCGCCGGGACCUUCCGUGGCCCGCCCAGCCCAGGGUCCUGCAGCGCCCCCCUGGGCCUGGAGGACGGGCGGAUCCCCUCCCCGCAGCUGAGCGCCUCCUCUUCCCGGGACGGGAGCCCCCCCGACGCCGGCCGUCUCAACAUGGAGCCCAACCUGCAGGACAUGGCGCCCGGGUGGAGCCCGCGCGAGGCCGACCCCAGACCGUACUUCCAGGUGGACUUCCUGCAGCCCACUUUCGUCACCGCCGUGGCCACCCAGGGUGGGGGCCGCGCCCGGGGCUACGUCUCCCACUACCGGCUGCUCCACAGCAGCGACGGGAUCCACUUCUGGAAUUACUCCCGGGCCGGAUACACCCCCGCAGCAGCCCAGGUCCUGGAGGGCAACUCCGACAGCAGCACCCCCGUGCGGCAGGCGCUGAGCCCGGCCAUCCUGGCCCGUGUCCUGCGCCUCGUGCCCACCCGGUUCCGCGGGCGCCUGGCCCUGCGCAUGGAGGCCUUCGGCUGCCCCUGGAAGAGGGAGCCCGCAGCGGGCGUGAGGACCGCCCCCACCUGGGUCCCAGGAAUGGCCGGCACCGCGCUCUCCCACACGUGGGCGGCAUCUCCUCCACGGACCUCCCCGGGGACACGGGCGCCCCCGCCUCCUGUAGUGGCGACUGUGAAGCCGGCUGCCACGCAGGCUCCCGGGACCGGCUCUCCAGCAGGCCCUGGCGUCAGCCCCUCCAUGCUGCCUCCAGCAGCCACCCGGCCUCCGGGCUCGUCCCCAGCGACCCGGGGCUCCUCCUGGCCCACCUCUCGGCAGGUGGCUCCUCUGGGACCAGGCCGGGUGACGGGGGCUCCCGGCAUCACAGGGCUGCCUGCGGCCCGCACCCUCCCCGGCCCGAGACCCUCCCUCGCAGCGUCGCCGCACGCCCCCAGCCCUGGGCUGCCCCGGACGCUCUGCACGCGGGGCCAGUUCACCUGCGAGCUGCUCGGCUGCGUCGAGGCGGCCUUCGUCUGCGACGGCCAGGAGGACUGCCUGGACGGCUCCGACGAGACGCACUGCGGGCGCCCGACGGCUCCCGGGGUCCCCACUCCGGCGCCCCUGCCCCCCCUGGGCCCCCCCAGCGCCUGCUCCUCCAAGCAGUUCUCCUGCGGCAGCGGCGAGUGCCUGGCGCCCGAGCGGCGAUGCGACCUCCACCCCGACUGCCAGGACGGGUCGGACGAGGCCAGCUGCGUGGACUGCAUCCUGUCCCCCUGGAGCGCAUGGAGCGCCUGCAGCCGGUCGUGCGGGCUGGGGGUGACCUUCCGGCGCCGGGACGAGCUGCGCAGUGCCCUGCCGGGGGGCCGCUGCGAGCGCGACGAGUUCGACAGCCGCUCCUGCUUCCUGCGGGCCUGCCCAGUGAGCGGCGCCUGGGCCGGCUGGGGCGAAUGGUCCGACUGCGACGCCGAGUGCCGGGGGGGCGUCCGGAGCCGCGCCCGGGCCUGCGCCGACCCCCCGCCCAAGAACGGAGGGCAGCCCUGCCCCGGGGACGCCGUGCAGACGGAGCCCUGCAACCAGCAGCCCUGCGGAGACGCCCGCGACUGCGGCCCGGACAUGGUGUACGUGCAGGCGGAGCACUGCCAGCGGGGGCUGGUGGCGCCGUGCCCCCAGGCCUGCCAGCAGCUGAGCGCCAGGGCGAGCUGCCCAAGCAGCUGCGUCGAGGGCUGCCGCUGCCCGCCGGGGCUCUUCCUGCAGGAUGGGGGCUGCGUCAACGUCAGCCAGUGCCGCUGCUUCUUCGAGCGCGAGUGGCGCCUCCCCGGGGAGAUGUUCCUGCGCGACAACUGCAGCCAGUGCGUCUGCUUGGACGGCGUGGUCACCUGCGACUCGGUGGCCUGCCCGGUGCCGUGCGGCUGGUCAGCCUGGUCCCCGUGGUCGCCCUGCGGCCGGAGCUGCGGGAUCGGGAUGCAGCAGAGGUUCAGAUCCCCGUCCAACCCAGCGGCCGCCAACGGGGGCGCCCCAUGCCAGGGGGAUGCCCAGGAAGUGCGCGAGUGCCACGCGCCCUGCGUCGCAGAGGUGUCCCUCGUCUGGAGCAACUGGACGCCCUGGUCGCCCUGCUCUAAGACCUGCUUCUACGCCCCGGACGCGGUGGGGCUGCGGAAGCGCUUCCGGCACUGCGACGGCUCCGCGGGGGCCCCGGCCUGCGACGGGGAGACCGAGCAGCAGCAGCCCUGCGACACGCCCCCCUGCCCAGUGCAAGGCAUCUGGGCCCCCUGGGCGGCCUGGACGGCGUGCUCGGCCCCGUGCGACUCCGGCGUCCAGACCCGCAACCGCUCCUGCUCCGACCCCGCCUACGGGGGGCCGGGCUGCUCUGGGCCGCUGCUCCAGGCCCGGGACUGCAACACGCAGCCCUGCGCAGCGCUGUGCCCGGGGAACAUGGUGUACCAGACCGCCGAGGAGUGCCGGCGCCGCGGGGGGGCCUGCCCGCGGCUCUGCCUGGACCGGGGCCCCGGCGUGGAGUGCGCCUCCCGCUGCCAGGACGGCUGCCGCUGCCCCGAGGGGCUCUUCCUGUGGGGUGAGGCCUGCGUGCCGCCCAGCCGCUGCCCCUGCCUCUCCGGGGGGGCCCUCCACCCGCCGGGCAGCACCGUCCCCCUGGAUGCCUGCAACAACUGCACCUGCACGGACGGGGAGAUGGUCUGCGGCGCCCGGCCCUGCCCAGUGGACUGCUCCUGGGGCGCCUGGGGCACCUGGGGGCCCUGCAGCCGCUCCUGCAACGUGGGCACCCGGUGGCGCUCCCGCUCCCGCUCCGACCCCGCCGCCAGCGCCGGAGGAGAGCCGUGCCAGGGGGCCGACGUGGAGGUCGGAUUCUGCAGCCUGCAGCCCUGCCCGGGUGCCGGCGCGGAGUGGGGGCCCUGGUCGGAGUGCUCGGUGCCGUGCGGGGGCGGCUACCGGAACCGCACGAGGGCCGGCGUGGCCGCCUUGCGCAGGACCGAGUUCGCCACGUGCCACCUGCACCCCUGCACGGGGGAGGUGCCCGGCGUGUGCCCGGCGGGGAAGGUGUGGCAGGAGUGCGCCACUCAGCCGGCCUCCUGUGCGGAGCUCAGCCUGGAGCCACGUGCGGACGGGGCCUGCCGGCCCGGCUGCUACUGCCCGCCGGGGGCCGUCCUGCUGGACAAUCUCUGUGUGCCGAGAGAGGCCUGCCCCUGCGCCGCGGACGGGAUGCUGUACGCCCCCGGAGAAGCCGUGCCCAGGGGCUGCGAGAACUGCUCCUGCGUUUCCGGCCAGGUGGGCAACUGCUCCCGUGCAGCCUGCGGAGACGUGAACGGCCGCUGGGCGGAGUGGACGUCCUGGAGCGCGUGCUCGGCCUCCUGCGGAUUGGGGCUGCAGAACCGGCACCACUUCUGCACGGAGCCACCUCCGUCCGGCCUGGGAGCGCCCUGCCUGGGGCCUGCUCACGAGGAGAGGCCCUGCCACCUGCAGCCGUGCGCCCGGAGCGGGGGCUGGGGGGCCUGGAGCCCGUGGACCGGCUGCACCGUCAGCUGCGGGGGCGGCAUGCGGAGCCGGACGCGGGCCUGCGACAGUCCUGCCCCGCAGGGGGGCGGGGACUACUGCGAGGGGCCCCCCACCCAGGUGGAGGCGUGCGGCCUGGACCCGUGUCCAGCUCCGAACUGCUCCGCCGUGGAGGGCUCCAGCUACAGCCGCUGCGGCCCCCCCUGCCCACGCACCUGCGACGACAUCACGCACUGCCUGUGGACCUGUGAGCCGGGCUGCUACUGCCCCAGCGGGAGAGCCCUGGCCGGGAACGGCACGGUCUGCGUGGAGCUGCGCGCCUGCACCUGCCUGGACCUGCGCACCGGCCGCCGGCACCUGCCGGGGGAGCGCGUCUCGCUCCCCGACGGCUGCAACAGCUGCACCUGCGUCCAGGGGAGGAUGGCCUGCACCGACCAGCCGUGCGCCGUCCCAGGGGGCUGGUGUGACUGGGCGCCCUGGAGCCCCUGCGCCAGGACCUGUGGCAGCGAGACGGUCACCCGCUACCGGAUCUGCGGCUGCCCCACGCCGGAGCACGGGGGGCCCGUGUGCGAGGGGGUGCAGGAGUUCCACGGCAGCAGCGGGGUGCAGAUCCAGCGGGCGGAGUGCCCCACCGCCUCUUUCUGCCCAGUGGACGGCGGCUGGAGCACCUGGAGCGCGUGGGCGCCCUGCGACGCCUGCGUGGGCAGCUCGGUGCGGAGCAGGGGCUGCACGAACCCCCCGGCCCGCUUUGGGGGCCUGCCCUGCCCGGGGGAGGCCCAGCAGAGCCGCCAGUGCCACGACGGACACACCGCCUGCGGAGACUGCGGAGGAGGGCAGGUGGCGUUCCCCUGCGGCAAGGCCUGCCCACGCACCUGCGAGGACCUGCACCCGGACACGGCCUGCCUGGACGGCCCCCAGUGCCAGCUCGCCUGUGCCUGCCCGGAGGGGCAGCUGCUGCAGGACGGCGCCUGCCUCAGCCGGGCCGAGUGCCGCUGCAAGUACCGGAGCGACUCCCUGGGUGCCCCCGAAGGAGGGAAUCUCUCUUCCUGGCCGGGGCUGCCCCGGUGGGAGUACGCCGAGCCGGGCGAGACGGUGCACGGGCCCUGCCAGAACUGCACGUGCGCGGACGGACUGCUGCAGUGCCGCGUGGACCCCGCCUGUCGCCUGGACGGCGGCUGGGGCGCCUGGGGGCCCUGGUCGCCCUGCACCCACAGCUGCGGGGAGGGGGCCCGCCUCCGCUUCCGGGAGUGCAGCCACCCGGCCCCACAGAACGGAGGCCGGGGCUGCGUGGGCCGCGUCGACCAGCAGCAGCGUUGCCACGGCCAGCCGGACUGCCCAGAGGAGGCGGCGUGGGAGGGCUGGUCUCCGUGGGCGCCCUGCAGCGUGUCCUGCGGUGGCGGCGAGCAGGUGCGCACCCGCCGGUGCCUGCGCCCGGGCUGCCGGGGGCUGGCCACGCAGAGCAAGACCUGCAACAGCCAGGUGUGCCUCGAGGUGGGCUGCCCCGCCGGGCGGCUGUUCCGCGAGUGUCUGGCGGAGGAGGGCUGUCCGUACAGCUGCGCCCACCUCGCCCGCCGGGUGGAGUGCUUCUCGGACGGCUGCGAGGAGGGCUGCCACUGCCCGGUGGGCACCUUCCAGCACAACGGGACCUGCGUCCAGGAGUGCCCCUGCGUUCUGCACGAGGAGGACCUGCGGCUGCUGCGGGGCCCCUCCGCCGAUCCGCCCCGCACGCCCGAGGGGCGGCUGCUCUUCCCGGGGGCAGAGCUGGCCCCCAACGGCACCCUCCACUCGGCCUGCAGCAACUGCUCCUGCCGCAGCGGACAGCUGAGCUGCACGCUCUCCCUCUGCCCCGUGGACGGGGGGUUCGCGCCCUGGAGCCCCUGGAGUCCCUGCUCCGUGACCUGCGGCGGGCUGGGCAACAUGACCCGCGCCCGAGACUGCUCCAGCCCCCGGCCGGCCAACGGGGGGAAGGGGUGCGCCGGCCCCCGGGUGGACCUCAAGUACUGCCAGACGCCGGACUGCGACGCCGUGGCGGGACCCACGCGGGAGCCCGUCUCUGGCACCCCAGUCUCCGAGGAGGACAGCUUCACCCCCUGGUCGCCCUGGACGCCCUGCUCGAAAACCUGCAGUGAUCCAGACCUCCCAGCCAUGAAGACCCGCAUGCGGUUCUGCCUGGACGGCGCCGGCUGCGUGGGGGACGCGUUCCAGGAGCGCGAGUGCAACCUGCCCCAGUGCACGGACUCCCCGUUGUGCGAGGGCGAGGGGUGCCUGGGCCGGAAUUGCAGCUGGACCCCCUGGUCUCCGUGGAGCGAGUGCUCCCGCAGCUGUGGGGUCGGCCAGCAGCGUCGCCUGCGCACCUACCACCCGCCGGGGCAGGGCGGCCACUGGUGCGAAGACAUCCUCACAGCCAACGCAGAACGGCGCUUCUGCAACCUGCAGGCCUGCAAAGUGGACGGCGCCUGGUCCAAGUGGAGCCCCUGGUCCUGGUGCGACCGGCCCUGCGGCGGGGGGCGCGCGACCCGCACCAGGAGCUGCACCAGCCCCCCGCCCAAGAACGGAGGACGCCGCUGCCCGGGGGAGAGGCACCACGUGCGCGUCUGCAACCCCCAGCCCUGCGAGGAGGGCUGCCCCCCCGCCAUGCACCUGGUGGACUGCGCCAACGCCUGCCCCCGCCACUGCUGGGACCUCCAGGAAGGCGUGGCGUGCCAAGACGCGGAGGCCUGUGAGCCCGGCUGCCGCUGCCUGGAUGGGACCCUGGAGCAGGACGGCGCCUGUGUGCCCCCCGCCCACUGCGAGUGCACGGACGCGCAGGGGCACAGCUGGGCGCCCGGCAGCGUGCGCGAGGACGGCUGCAACACCUGCACCUGCCUGGAGGGGGCACUGCUCUGCACCAACCACACCUGCGCGCUCGGCGGGUGCGCCUGGAGCCUCUGGUCCGCCUGGUCCCCGUGCAGCGCCACCUGCGGGAGCGGCCUCCGCACCCGCUUCAGGGCCUCCACGUCCGGCGCCUGGAGCCCCGAGUGCCUGCAGGAGCAGCUGCAGACCCGCCCCUGCGCCCCGGGGGCCUGUCCCCCCCUGUGCCUGCACGAGGGCCGCGAGAGAGACCUGGGUGACGCCUGGCUCGUGGGCGAGUGCCAGCAGUGCAUCUGCACCCCGGAAGGCAUCUUCUGCCUGGACGUCGCGUGCGCAGGUGAUGGCGCCUGGACCCCCUGGUCCCCCUGGUCCGACUGCCCAGCCACCUGCGGCCACGGCACGCAGGUCCGCGCUCGGGCCUGUGUCGACCCGCCGCCACGCAACGGAGGCGCGCCCUGCAGCGGCCCGGAGACGCAGGCCCGGAACUGCUCCACCGGGCCCUGCCCAGGGGAGGGGCCGUGCCAGUGGUCCGCCUGGGGCCCCUGUUCGCGAACCUGUGGCACCGGCCUGGCCACCCGGACAGGGCAGUGCGCCUGCCCGCCCCCCGCCGACGGUGCCGCCUGCCACGCCAGCCAGCGCCAGCAGGUGGGCGCCUGCUACCGCCGAGCCUGCCAAGAGUGCCCCUGGAGCCGCUGGACCCCCUGGACCCCCUGUUCGUGCAGCUUCCUGGUGCAGCAGCGGUACCGGAACCAGCAGGGCUCCGGGCCGGACGGGGAGCCCUGCCUGGGGCUGGACGGGCAGUUCCGCAUGUGUGACUACGCCCGGUGCUCAGAGUCCAGCUGCGAGGCCCCCUUUGAGUUCCGGGAGUGCGCUGCCCCCUGCGACAGCCUCUGCUCCACACGAGGGCACCCGGAGCUGUGCCGGGACAUCCCCCGGUGCCUGCCGGGUUGCUACUGCCCCCAGGGCCUGGUGGAGCAGGGGGGCGCCUGCGUCCCCCCCUCCCAGUGCGGCUGCCUGCAUCCGGCCUGGCCGGGAGGCCCCACGCACCUGGCCGCAGGCGAGACCGUGUGGGUCGGCUGCAAGGAAUGCCUGUGCCAGGACGGCGCCCUGCAGUGCAGCAGCGAAGGCUGCCAGGGGCUGCUCCCGCUGAGCGCGUGGUCGGCGUGGACGCCCUGCUCUCCCUGUGUGGACCUGACGCCCAGGGGAGAGGGGGCCCCCCCGCCAGCCCUGGUGUCCGUGCAGCACCGCUACCGGCUGUGCCUGGACCCCCAGACCGGCGGGCCCUGGACGGGGAGGCCGGCCCUGUGCUCGGCAGACCUGCGGCAGGAGCGGCUGUGCCCGGACCCCCAUGCUUGCCAGGACGCCUGCCUGUGGAGCGCCUGGGGGCCGUGGGGGCCCUGCCAGGAGCCCUGCAGCGGGGGCUUCCGCGUGCGCUGGCGCUCCGCCCACCACCCCGCGGGGGAGCCGCGCUGCCACGGGCCACGAUCCCAGUCCGAGGGCUGCAACACGGCCACCUGCCCAGGAGAGGAAUGUGAGGACCGGGGCAAGGUGCACGACCCCACCUGCGCCAACAGCUGCCCACGCGCUUGCGCAGACCUCUGGGAACAUGCAGAGUGCCUGCAGGGAGCUUGCGAACAGGGGUGCCGGUGUCCCGACGGGCAGCUGCUGCACGGCGGGGAGUGCCUGCCCAUCCCAGCCUGCCCCUGCGGGCUCCCCGCGGCCAACGGCACCCUGGAGGUGGCGCCCGGAGGGUCUGCGGAGCUGGACUGCCACACCUGCACCUGCGCGAACGGCACCUUCGCGUGCCCGGGGCAGGAGUGCCCGAGCUACGGGGAGUGGUCGGCGUGGAGCCCCUGUUCCGCCAGCUGCGGGGGGGGCAGCGCCCUGCGGCACCGGCCCUGCCGCGAGAGCCCCGCCGGCGCACCGUGUGCCGCGGAUGCCAUGGAGGAGGUGGCGCAGUGCAACCCGCAGGCCUGUCCUGCCGGAUGCCUGGUGAGCGAGUGGUCGGAGUGGAGCCCCUGCAGUGCCAGCUGCGGGGGGGGCGAGUCCGAGAGGAGCCGCCACCUGCCGGCCCCCCUGGGGGAGCCGUGCCCGGCCCCCCUGCGCCAGCUCCGCACGUGCAACGCCCAGAACUGCAUCACAGCGGAGCCGGGGCCCGAGUGCCGGCACUACACGGAGCGGCGCAACAUCUCCCGCGGGCGCUGCUUCCUGGCCGACGUGGAGGUGAGCCACUGCAGCGGGCACUGCGCCUCCCACACCAGCGUCAUCCCCGAGGAGCCCUACCUGCAGACCUCCUGCGACUGCUGCAGCUACCGCCUGGACCCGGUCAGCCCCGUCCGCAUCCUGAACCUGCGCUGCGAGGGCGGCGAGGUGGAGCCCGUGGUGCUGCCCAUCAUCCACGGCUGCGAGUGCAGCAGCUGCCAAGGUGGCGACUUCUCCAAGCGCUGACCGGACGCCGACGCUGCAGCUGCCGGUGGGACCGAGCCGCUC